AUGAGCGAAGCGAUCACCACGGAGACGCCCGCGAAGCCCGUCGAGGUCCCGUACUCCGGCCAACCCGAUGCUGCGGCCCAAUCUGUCAAGCCGACCGAGCCGAAGGACCUCGAGAGCGAGGGCGGACUGACGACGGGCCACUGGGAAGUCGGCUUCUGGGACUGCUUCACGACGCUCAUGCCCAACUGCUUCAUGGUCACGUUCUGCUCGUGCGUCUCGAUCGCGCAGAUCUCGGCGCGCCUCGGGGUCGCGUCCUACUCGCAGGCGAUCGCCGCCUGCCUGGCAGUCAUCGUGGCCGAGUUUGCGCUCAGCGGCUUCGCGUCGGCCUUCAACCCGGCCAGCUACUUCAUGGAGACCAGCAGCUACGGCAUCAUGCUCGGCUACCUGACGACCGACAGCGGCAGCUUCGGCGUCUUCCUCUACCGCGUCGCCACCAUCUUCCUGCACCUCGUGCUCAUCGUGUUCGUCAUGCACCUGCGCACCAAGACGCGCGAGCGCUUCCAGAUCCCCGGCACCCCGCAGCACGACUUCGCUGCCGCGUGCUGCUGCUCCUGCUGCGCGCUGGCCCAAAUGGCGACCCACAUCAAGAGCUACAACCCCGGAAGCUGCGAGUUCGGCCCCGUGGCCGACACGCUGCCCGCGUACACGGAGUAG